AUGCCAAAACUUGUACUUGCAGCAGCCCUUGCUGCUCUUGUACCGACUGGGUACUCUCAAGAAUGCUCUGAAACCUUCACACCCAUCACCGCCGAGGACUUUGUUGCUGCUCUCCACCCCGGCUGGAACGUGGGGAACAGCCUGGACGCCAUUCCGGAUGAAGGGUCUUGGAACAAUGCUCCGGUAGAGGAAGGGACAUUUGAUAUUAUCAAGGAGGCUGGAUUCAACAGUAUCCGCCUUCCAGUCACCUGGACUCAUCACUUCAUCGGGGGUUCUCCUGACUGGACAGUUGAUCCGGAAUGGCUGCAGAGAGUUUCUGAUGUCUUGGAUAUGAUUACGUCUCGUGAUUUGUAUGCCAUUGUGAAUGUUCAUCAUGAUUCAUGGGAGUGGGCAGACGUCUCAGUGGCUGGAGCCAACUUGACCAUGAUUGAAGAAAAGUUUUAUAGGCUCUGGUAUCAGAUCGGAACAAAGCUCGCAUGUAAAUCGAGCCUUGUAGCCUUCGAGUCAAUCAACGAACCCCCGGCAAACACCGCUGAGGAUGGUGCCAAUAUCAACAAGCUGAACAGCAUCUUCCUUCAGGCCAUUGCUGACGCCGGUGGCUUUAAUUCGGAACGCGUUGUUAACCUUGUCGGAGGUGGACAGGACAGUGUCAAGACCUCGCAGUGGUUCGAGGCUCCGGCCAAUAUCACAAACCCUUGGGCUAUCCAGUUCCACUACUAUAGCCCUUACGACUUUAUCUUUAGUGCAUGGGGAAAGACGAUCUGGGGAUCCGACAGCGACAAAGACAUCCUCACCACAGACUUUGAGCUAAUCCGCAACAACUUUACCGACGUGCCCCUUAUUCUCGGUGAGUACGACGCAAGUGCCGAAAACACAGAGCCAGCCGCGCGCUGGAAAUACUUCGACCACCUCCAGCACGUCGCUUAUGACUUGAAAAUAGCCACUAUCAUGUGGGAUAAUGGAAACGACCAUCUCGACCGCACCACGGGCGAAUGGCGCGAUCCAGUUACACCGCAGUUGGUCGUAGGCACGACCGAAGAAACGCUCAACAGUCUCCCGGACAGCACCGAGGACGCCUCGGCCACAGAGCAGUCCUCAUCCGCAUACAUCUUCCACCGCGUUACGGAUCAAGUCACCGCGCAAACUGUACCCUAUCUCUUCAACGGAAACAGCCUCGUAUCAAUUACAGACUCCGCGGGUACAGUGCUAGAAAGUGGCUCGGACUACUCUGUCUCCGGCGCGAACAUCGUCUUCUCCGCGACGUACCUCGCAACAAAGUAUACCUCAUCCACAGCUCCCGGCGUCAUCGAUACUCUAACCCUCGAAUUUGAUGGCGGCGCCUCGUCUCCUACAAUUGAGAUUGUACAAUGGGAUAAGCCAGUCCUAGCGACAACUUCAGCCUUCGCCUCUGCAGUGUCAGGUGCGGAUCUCUCUAUUUCAAUUACCUGGAACGGCCUGUCGACAGUCGCCGCCGUGAAAGCCCUUACGACCUCCGGCGUAUAUCUCUUCGAUGACUGGACGCAGUGGCUAGGUCCGCUUCAGCAAGCUCGCGCUACUUACAGCAACCACUAUAACUGGGGCGAUGACAACGUCAUUCUUACCGCUGCUGCUAUUGACGCGGUCGUUGCGGCGGGUCAGACGACGGUGUUUACGUUUGAGUUCUAUCCACGUGUCGCUGGGGGUGUGAAUACGGCCAAUUUCACCUUGACGGUUUAG